AUGCCUAGUACUGUACUCUUAGAUAAGGGGCAAAAUGCCCAACAGGUCAGCGCAGAGCCCGAAGAAAUAGCCGAAAAGGUCCGCAUGAACCUCAAAGCCUCCGUUCUUCCCGUCGCACUCUUGUACUACCCAUCUCAAACACUUGCGGCUCAGUCCAACUCGAAGCCUUUUGCCCGCAGCGCCGCCAAGAGGGACAGCGUGCAAGCUCUCGGGUCCAUUGGCCACUUGCAGCAUCUCUACUCAAAGCGGGGGCUAGUCGGCAAGCAUCCACCCAUCCAUGCGAGAAGACAGGCUGUACCUGCCAUUGGUCUCUCCCUGCCUGAGGAGCACAAGAAUAUCAAUGGCCAGAGAGCUGCUGCAUUGAGGAGGCUGUCUUCGCGAUCUGGGCUGUCGUCCGACGAUGAACGAUAUUCGCUUGAUGCUUCUGGGGCGCUGGACGAGGAAGAGGAAGGGCCGAAGCCGUCGGGGUAUAGGCUGCCUCCUUAUCCCCACGUCGACAAGCCCGUAGAAGCAGAUUACGAAGCUUUGCGCCCCACGGCAGUGCAAGCCUUACAAACCCUUUCCGACAUCUGGAGUCCAUAUUCCAGCGGAAUGGUAUUAGCGGCCGGGCUCCUGCGCACGACACGCGCCUCGGUCCGGUCUGUACGCGCCUACCUGGUCGCGCUGCCGCCGGACGUGUUCCUCGCGCCGACCCCCUUUGAUACAAAUGCCGAAGAAGGAGGCGGCAGCAGUGCGACGCACAAUGCGCAACUUUCUGCGCGUCUGCUUCUCGCGCGCGACCCGGUCAGAGGCAAAGAUCAGUAUAGGCGCCGACAUCAUGGUGGACAAGGACUUGGACAUGAUCGGGAUAGUGCUUCAUCGAAGGCUGCAAAUGCGCUAGCAGGUCAGGCUACCCCUGCCACUGUCCUGCCGUCGGCGUCUGGGUCUGGAUUCUUGUGCAUGUCAUUGCCCAGCCUACCAUCAUCCAAGCGCAUGGGCAGCAUUAGCAGCACAAGCACUGCAAGCGGUGGCGAUGCAGGUGAUUCCCUCGGCAUGAAACGAUCUGUCUCCGCCAGCUCGGCCGUGCCGGCUUCCGCUUCUUCGCGCACUUCUGCUGCUGCUGUUGCAAAUGCUGCAGUGGCCGCUCCGAAGCUUGUGCCCCAGAUAGUUGAAGAGGAACAACUCGCAGCGGCGGCACCGGCGCUCCGUACCCUUGGCUUGCUGCGAAAGGUGACCGUCGAUGUGCUCGGUAUGCUCGAGGAUCUGCGUGAUGGCCUCUUGCUGUCGAAAACUUGUAUCAACGCGCCUCAGUCUGGCGCCCUCGCUGGGGGUGCAACGGACUGCAAGGAGGUUCCGACGCUAAGCAUUUCUGGAGCCGUCGCUUCCACUGACGCUGAAGAUGAAAUUGCUACGGGCAGUGGCGGUGGAGUGGGCAGAAACGACUUUGGCAGAGACGACUCGGUCGAGUUGCCUGCCACGCCGACAUCGACCUUCAGCGCGAGCCAGCCGGAACUGUUACCUACUUCGGUGUCAGUGCUGCACACGCGAAGCACCGCUUUCUGCGACACAUCUUCCCUCAGCUUGGCGUCCAGUGACGCGGACGGGAGUGUCAGUGACGGCGAGGAUGUGUCCGGCAAGAAGCAGCGCCUGCAGCAUGCGCACGCACAUGUGAAUGGAGCUGACAAGGACUCGCAACUCGAAAUGCAGCUGGCGGGUGUGGUGCUGAGCGUGCAGGGUCUGCAAUCGCAGCGUGCGAUCGUCGAGCACUGGUGUACCCUUGCGGCUCAUGCCAUUCGACUCACGGACGAAACGCUCGAUCAUUGGAGAUUCAAGAAGAGCAGCAAGGAUGGUCCAGGUCAAGCAGCGGGAGAAGCAGCCGCGGCAAGAGCAAGAUCGGCGAGUGACGGUGUUCACAGCAACGGCGAGACAACAGAGAGUUUCACAAGCAAUACAGUGAAGGGUGCACCGCAAUCGUCUGCUGCCAUCGUGCGUGCUGUCGCCGACUAUCUUCCCUCCACACACUCGACCGCGCUACUACGAGCGCUCGGCCCAGCCUCCGACUCUGACUCGCCUGCGAACAGCGACGAAGCACUUGCGAUACUCUCGGAUGGAUAUCUCCUCUGCCUCGCCUUCAAUGCUGUGCUUCGCGCUUCAAGCAGCCCGUGGGGUCUGAUCCAAGCGAGGGACAUCCAUGAUACCCAGAGCGAGCCGGCCAGGGUUGAAAACCAAGCUGCCGACAGCGGUUGCAAUGCCACAGCGCAAGGCCACAGGAAAGCAAGCUGGACGUUCCGAAAGACGGAUAACCUUGCUUGCUGGGCUACGUCACUGCGCAGGCGGUAUAAUGUUAAUCUCGGACAGCAGCCGCACCAUUACCAUCAAAUGAUGGCAUCUGUGGGAAGCAAAAUGACCCCUGCAGAACGGCGCGGCGUCAGCGAAGCCUCGCCAUUGACUUCUGCGCUCACUUAUGCUGCAGCAACCGCUGCAGCAAAGAAAAAGGCGGACGCGGCUAAACAAUCCGCUUCUGCAGAAGGUAGCGGCUUCAACGCCGCUCUCGUCGCAAAGAGGGAGUCUGGCUGGAAGGAGGCACUCCUCGUUGCUGUGACUGCGUGGCUUGACGCGGUCGCAGCCGAGCAGCAGCAGGAGAUGGCAUCGACACACGCAUGAAAAAAGCAUUGAUAUAUACGCAACAAUCCACUUAAACCCAGCAUCCCUUAUUCACGUACAGACUCGGCACUCUUUCAAGCUUACAGACAUCAGGAUCAAUACCUCGCAUCAGUUCAGGCUUAGCAUACAUACACCAGAAGCAUGUAAAUUAUCCAAUACAUACGAGCACGUGCACCCACAAGAGAGC